AUGUCCAGCAUCUCCCGUUCCCUGAACAUUCUGGCACGCUCCAGCCGGGCAUCUGCCCUGCGCCCGCGCGCCGUCAACCCCGUCCACCACGUUUUCGCCAGCAACAAAACUGCUCUGCGUGGAUUGGCUACUGCUUUCGAGCGUACCAAGCCCCAUGUUAACAUUGGAACUAUCGGUCACGUCGACCACGGCAAGACCACCCUGACUGCCGCUAUCACCAAACAUCAAGCCUCCAAGGGUCUUGCCAGCUUCCUGGAUUACGGUGCCAUUGACAAGGCUCCUGAGGAGCGCAAGCGUGGUAUCACCAUCUCCUCCGCCCACAUUGAGUUCCAGACCGAGAGUCGUCACUAUGCCCAUGUCGAUUGUCCUGGUCACGCCGAUUACAUUAAGAACAUGAUUACUGGUGCUGCUAACAUGGACGGUGCUAUUGUCGUUGUAGCCGCCUCUGAUGGUCAGAUGCCCCAGACCCGUGAGCACUUGCUGCUGGCCCGUCAGGUCGGUGUUCAGAAGAUUGUCGUCUUCGUCAACAAGGUCGACGCUGUCGAGGACCCUGAGAUGUUGGAGCUUGUCGAGCUUGAGAUGCGCGAACUGCUCUCCACCUACGGAUUCGAGGGCGAGGAAACCCCUAUCAUCUUCGGUUCCGCUCUUUGCGCUCUGGAGGACCGCCGUCCCGACAUUGGUAGCGAGCGUAUCGCCGAUCUGAUGAACGCCGUUGACACUUGGAUCCCCACUCCCGAGCGUGACUUGGACAAGCCAUUCCUCAUGUCUGUCGAGGAAGUCUUCUCCAUUCCCGGCCGUGGUACUGUUGUCUCUGGUCGUGUCGAGCGUGGUCUUCUGAAGAAGGAUACCGAGGUUGAGAUUGUUGGAGGCUCUGAUACCCCAAUCAAGACCAAGGUCACCGACAUUGAGACCUUCAAGAAGAGCUGUGACGAGUCCCGUGCUGGUGACAACUCCGGUCUGCUCCUCCGUGGUAUCCGCCGCGAGGAUGUCCGCCGUGGUAUGGUCGUUGCUGUGCCCAACUCCACCAAGGCCGCCAAGAAGUUCAUGGUCUCCAUGUACGUUCUGACCGAGGCUGAGGGUGGCCGCCGCACUGGUUUCGGUACCAACUACCGUCCCCAGGUCUACCUGCGUACUGCUGAUGAGCCCGGUGACCUCACCUUCCCCGACGAGGACCAGUCCAAGCGUGUCCAGCCUGGAGACAACGUUGAAAUGGUCCUUGCCACUCACCGCCCCGUUGCUGCUGAGGCCGGUCAGCGCUUCAACAUCCGUGAGGGUGGUCGUACCGUUGCCACUGGUCUGAUCACCCGUGUUCUGGAGUAA